CCUCGAACCGUGUCGUCUCUUCCCCCUAUCUCCUAUUUGCAGCCUCUUUCUCGAUCCCCAAAUUAACCUGAAAAUCAAUCUCCGAUUUUCUCCCAAUUUCUUUCUCUAAUUUAUAAAUCACGUAAAUAUCUUUUCGAUUCUUGUUCUUACCUUUCGAUCGAUCUCCCUUUCUAUCCCAGCUGUUGAUUUUACGCGUAACUAGGGUUAGGGCUCUUCAAUCUCUUAGAUCCCUUCGAUCGAGCCUCUUUUUUCCCUCGAUCUCUCAUGGGUUUUGGUUUUUUCUUCGAUUCGUGUUGAUUUCCCUCCUUGAUUUGGUCUAAUUUUGUCCGAUUGUUCGCGAUUCGUUUUCCAUUUAGGGCUUAAAUUUGUUCGGUACUUUAGGGUUCGUUUUUAUCUGGAAUUCUUAGAGGGUUUUGGUGUUUUACGCCGCGGUGUUACCUUUUAGAGGGGUUUCUUGUCGUGAUUUUGUUGUUUCCUUGGCGAAUUCGUAUUUUAGGGUUAGGGUUUUCUUGUCAAUUUAGGGCUUCCCCUGGUAGUCAAAAUUACUUGGGGGGAAACGCGUCUUCCCGUAGUGAAAUCAAAUUUUGUGCAUAAUUAAGGGCUGCCCACAUCUCAAUUGAGAAUUCUAAGGUUUUAAUUGAUCCCUGGCUUUUUAGUGCCCUUUCUAGCAGACUAAAGCUUCAAUUUAAGAAAAUUUAAAGGUGGUAAAUGGGAUUUAAGCGGCCUUUUGAUGAUGAGGAGCUGCAGGAACUUCCUAUCAAGAAUCCAAGACAGUUUGGCUAUGAUAACAAGCUGACUCGGUUUGCUGAUACUACUCCCCAUGGUAAUAGUCCUCAAAAGCCUCAUAUUUCAGUAGAAGUUGAGGGUGGGUUUCAUAAACACCAGUGGGAUGAAGAAUUUAAAAGUGAUGCUCUUAAUGAUGUUGCUCAUUUGGUUGACGAGGAUUUUGAGACUAGUGCUCCGUUAUCUUUGGUCACUAGCACUUCUAGUGAGGAAGAUAUAAGCACUGGUGUAACAGCAAUUUCACCUGUUUCGUCUGAAUAUUUUGACUUCGACUUCCCACGAAGAACAUUUUCUCCUGUUGAGGAUGACUAUUAUUUACUCUUGGAUCGGUCUCCUCGAAAACAAGUUCCACUUGGGCCAAAUCAUCAAGCCAAUGUUCCAUCAUGGGGUAGGCACAUAAAGAAUAUUAAGUUUGCUCAGAAUGAAGCGUCUAAAGCUGCAGAUAUUGACCAUGAAGAUAUUAAGAUGGGGACAUGUAUCAUUCCAUUGCCCGAUUCAGAUUUGUCUGCUAACAGCAGUGAUAAAGUUGGUGCUGGAAGAUUCGAUUGUAGUUGCCUGGAUAGGGGCUCUUUAAGAUGUGUGCAACAGCAUGUUACGGAGGCACGAAAACUACUACGAAAAUCCCUUGGGCAUGAAAAAUUCGUGAAACUGGGGUUUUAUAACAUGGGAGAGGAUGUAGCAUAUAAAUGGAGUGAAGAAGAUGAAGAGAUCUUUCGUGAGGUUGUUUACACUAAUCCUGUGUCAUUGGGUAAGAAGUUUUGGAAGCACUUGUCUGUGGUUUUCCCAUCACGAUCUAAGAGAGAGAUUGUCAGCUAUUAUUUCAAUGUCUUCAUCCUUCAGAGGCGAGCUGUUCAGAACAGAUCCGGUAGUCUGGACAUUGACAGUGAUGAUGAUGAGUUGUGUGGAAAUCAACCGUCUUAUAAAGUUCAAGCUUUAGAGGAAGAUGAAGACUCUGCAAUUGAGUCUCUUGCUGAUCUGGAAGAUCAUGCAAACCAUGAUGACAACAAUGAUGUGGAAGAUGAUAGUGGUGACUCUGAUGGUGAUAAUUAUGUUGGAUAUUAUAGCAGUGCUGCAACAACGGAGGAUUAUGGUAUCAACCUUCUGUAUAAAGGACCUGUUACAAAGUCAUUUGAUGAGAGCAGGUUCGAUCCUGUUUUUCAACCAACGGACAAGGUUUUUGGAACUGUGGAGGAUUUCAAUGUACAAGAAGACUCAUGUAUGUCUUUUGAGUUUCAGCCAAACAUGGUUGACUCUCAUAGUCUUGACGACACAAAGGCCAAUUUGCAUGCUGGUGGAAUGAAAACUGAGAUUAGUCGGUCUUUGCAGGGUAAACUAGAUGAUUCUAGUGAGCUGGUGAGCAAUGUGUAUUUAUUGGAUAAUUAUGAUGCAAAAAUCUGGGACACUAGGUAUUCGACAACUUCAACGAAGGGCAUCGAUCUCCAGCCAACAUGCAACAUUAUUGAAGAGAUUUUUGGACAAGAUAACACCUGAGAUAAGUGCAGAUAGUUGCUCUUGAAAAGUCCAGAAUCUUCUCAGUAAAGAAGGCUAUGAUUUUGGUUAUUUAAUUAUUUAUUUUUCUUUUAUUUCCCCCUUGUAAAUUCAUCUACUAAAUGUAAUUUGCUUCAGCAUGUUAAAAAGUGAUCUUAAUGAGAUCUUUUUGCUUUUGUA